GUUGGAUCCAUCAGAAGCAAAGAAUCGAAUCUCAACACCACAAUCCGUCUCACUACUACUAGUAGUACCCGAUUGUACAAGGAGAGGAAUAGCUUCCAGGUAUACAGUACCGUAGCUAGUAGCUAGAAGAGAGCUUACGAUGGUUCACAGAGGUUUUUUCGUUGUUUUGGGUCUGCUGCUGCAAGUGCUGGUCUUCAUUUCCUCAUCAGCAGCCACCGACGAAACAUGCGGCAAUAGCGAGGGAGAAUGCAGCGUGUCAAAGGAUGAAUUGGAAUCCCUCCAGGGAUUGAAUGCUCUUCCUGCUCGCAUUGCUGUGAUCUCUGGCCAAGUUCCUGAUCUCAAAAUGUGUGGAAUGUGGUGUCGAGAGGAUGCCAUCAAAGAUGAUCCUUCCACUCCCUGUCGAAUGGAUGCAGGCAUCAUGCCUUGCGAGGGGGACUUUUAUUGCACAACCACCUGCAAGUUAUGGGAUCAUCUCAUUCUAUCGGACCCAAGGAAUGGCUUUGAUACUACUACCCAAACAUCAGGCCCCGUCUUUUCCUGUCCCAUGUUUAAGCGAUUUGAUGGAUUUGUCACCCUCAAAACGGCCGAAGUUUGUGACACGUCCUGCCUUUUACCUGAAAUUCGACCCAAUCGAUACCCCGCACCAACAGGACUGGGCUUGAUGUGUGACAAGGGAACCUGUUUUCCCGCUAUUUCGUCAAGAGAGGCUAGUCAUGUCAAACUCGAAUGUCCCUGUAAUUGGUUUGGAUCUGACUGUGAUAAUGAUUGGAUCCCCAUCCAAUCCGUCCAACACACUGGUAUUUAUGGUGGAACUACUAGUACCGCAGACUCUUCUGCUCUGACUGCAACAACGAUUACGGUAUCCAAAGACGAUUGGCCCGCCAUCAUGGCCCAACACCAACCAGGUGGAGUCAUUCGUAUUGUCCAACGGGAUGACAAUGGGCGAGUCCAGGAACAACCAUACGCCGUAGCAGCGGCCAGCGCUGACAAGGGAACCAUUGAAAUUUUGACGGCACCGCCCGAUACCACGUUGGAUCCGGUUCCCAGGGCCGUGGCCGAACGAAUCCGGGCCAUGCGUACUCUCAACAAUCCUCCCGACAAUCUCUACAUCAAUCCCAGCAUUGCUGGUUUCUUUAAUUCGCAAUGGCAGUUUCUCAUGUCGGUGCUACAACAGCAACAAAAUAAUAUUGAACAUGUGAUUCUCAUUUCCACCGGUGCGGGAUUGAGCGGCAGUUUGUCAGUCUUGGAGCACAUCUUGCCUGCUGGCGAAUCAUUAAUAAGGAGCGUACACUUGUACCAUGGUGUUCGCACUCUGGCAGAGCUACCCCAUCAACGCAUCUUGCACAAACUUGCUACACAACACAGCCAGUUUGAAAUGACUCUGGUGGAAAGCAAACCAACAACUGGCGUCCAAGCCCAUGUCGACAACACACCUCUGGAAAUCCAACAAGCCGUGGUAAGAGGCAGUCGGGGAAGAUUCCGGUUGCUAGAAAACGCUACUCUGCCACAAAAAGUCUACGUCCAACAUGUCUUGGAAUCGGAUUGGACAAACGGGAAUCUACCUGGAGUGUCAUUGGAGACUGCAGUGUUUGUGACUUGUGGGCGUUUGGCCCUGUUGGAGGACUCCAAAAACAUGUUGCAGGGUAUCUUUUGCACUGGAGAGGCAGACAACUAUGACUGCCACACCAAGGUUGGCCAGCAUUUCUUUACCAAUAUUUAGAAAGAUUUCAGAGUUCGGGUGGUUCUGGUUCGAGUUGACUUCGGGAAGAGGCCGUGUAAUUCCUAAGUUAAUGCCGAAAAUUAGAACAAGCAGCCGGAGGCUGAUGCCCUCAACUGUC